AUUUCUUAUUUAAAAACAAUGGUAAUAUGUUUAUAAAAGAAUCUAAAAACUCUGAUAAAGGGGAUAUAUUUACAAUAAAAGUUAAAAAACAUUUAAAUUUAUUUAGGGGUAAAAAUGAAAAUAAAAAAGAUUUAUAUUUAUUAAUUAUAAUUAAUUUUUUAGCAUCAACCAUACCAACAAUUAUAUUAUGACAAUUUUUUAAUAUCUUAUUUAAUAAUAAUUAUUAAAACAAUUUAUUGGGGACAACACUAUAACAACAAUACUAAAUAUAAUAAAACUACUAAAUUACUAUUAACAUUUAUAAGAUCUAUAAUACCAACUGUAAUUAUAUCAAUCUUCGAUCAACAUAAUCAUUAUUCUAUAUUUAAAACCAUUUUAAUGGCAAUAGCAAUCUUUAUAUAUUAUCGACAAAACAAAAAUCCAACCCCAUCACCCAAAGAUACUCAAAAAUAUAUUUACUGCUUUAUCAACCUAUAUCUAUAUUGUUUCAUACAAUCCAUACUAAUAUAUCAAGUUCCCAACCAACCAUUAUAUCUAUUCGUAAUCUUCAUAGAAUAUUUAAAAGAUAAUAAUCUAUAUCAAUACAAAGAAAAUAUAAACAGUUUAGUUUACAAUCUAAAUAUAUUUAAAUCAAAUAGGAUUAAUUUUAAAACCUUAAAAGAGAAUAUCAAUUUUAAUAAUCUAAAACUAUUUACCUAUAACAAAUAUCUUUUAAUAUAUUCAGAUAUUAUUUUCCCAAUAAUUUUUUAUAAACUAUUAAACUAUUAUUUUGCCAUUUAUUUUGGGUUCUUAUUUUUAAUAAUUAAAAAUAUAGAUUUAAUUAAAUAUAUAAAUAAUUUAAAUAAAGUAAAAAAUUUUUAAAAUUUUCGCCAGUG